CAUCCAAGCGGCAUCGGCAGCAAUCCUUCAACAUGGCCGCGCCCGCUCUACUGUUGCUGUUUCGCUAUCGGCCUUGGUGGUAGACUUCUUUUCAGGCGUUCAGGAUGCUUUCCUACCGUCUCUUCCUUUCACAGUGGAAUUGUCACGUAUAGGUUGACCAAUAGAGUGCAUCUUAAAGCUUUUAAUUUAGACUGUCGGGCCAAUUGUAGUCGUAAAAAACGGAGGUUGGGUAAGGUCAACAACUUUGUUUACGUACUGCCGAUGGACCGCCUUAUCGGGAUUCGUCGCUGCUACGAAAGAUCCCCGAAGGAUUAUCCCAGGUAACACCUCUGAUGUCCAGGCUACGGCAGGCUGUCACGUUGCACCUUCACCGCCAUUCAAGCUUGUGAAGCAUGGCUGUCUGGUCACUGGCCGCAGAGCAGUUGCAGCUCUUUCUCCUCCUCCUGUCGUCAUGUGCACUUGCCAGUGCCUUCGGCACAGCAGACGAGCUCGACAAAGCAUACCCGUGUGGCUGCUUUGGCAAGAUGACAGCUGACGGCAAACACCUCUGGACUUGCACGGGGGACGAGGACCUCACACAGCUGCACAUGUGCUUUGUCCGAGCACCGGAGGUGGCGCCCCACGGCCUGACACUGCGAAAUAUCAGCAUGACCGUCCUCACGGUGGGCUCAGUCAGGUUUGUGGCCAAGCUGGAGUCGCUGUCGGUGCACGAGUGUCGCUUCAAGGACCUGAACCUGGAGGGUGCCAGCAACCUCACCUUGCUAAACUUGGCAUUCAACCAGUUGCAGGCUGUCGACAAGGCGUGGUUUACACCCCUCGCCAAUCUGAAACUGCUGAACCUCUCGCACAAUUUGCUGACUACACUGCCGGCUGACUUGACCCACGACCUGAAGGUGCUGGACACAGUGGACCUAUCGCACAACCAUUUUCUGAAGCUCAGCGUGUCCUGGUUUAGCAUGGCGUCGCCCUUGCUGCAUCUGAAUGUGUCGAACAACAAGCUAGAACGUGUGGCCGCUUCGGACGAUGAAGCGGCGGCGCUCUUUGGCGAACAUCUGAUGGCACUGCGCUCGCUGGACCUCUCAAGGAACCAGUUGCAUUCGGUGCCAGGGUUGGAGUUUCUGAAGAAACUGAAGACGAUGUGGCUCAACCAGAACCUUCUCAGCACCCUGCCGCCGCACGCCUUUUCCAACAACACAGCGCUGGAGCACUUAUACCUAUCUGGAAAUUCGUGGCACUGCGAUGAUGACUUUGCUAAGCGCCGAAACAUGUUGCUGCAAUCACUUACCGCACGAGCGGCCAGUCACGGACCAGUCGUCGAGCUCCAUGAUGUCAGCGCCACCGAGUGUGCCUCACCACUGCAAUGGAAGGGCCGGAACCCAUUCCUCUUCGGCUUUGCCCUGUGCGAACAGUGUUCGUGCAAAAUUGCCGAGGCGCUCACCGUGGACGUGAACUGCACAGGGCGAGGUCUGGAGGAGUUGCCCCUGAAUCUACCCUUGCGAGCACGCAUGCUGCGGCUGGCCAACAACCGCAUCAAGUCGCUCAUGCUGACCUCGAAAGGGGAAGGCUGGGACAGCCUGCUGAUGCUUGAUGUCCAUGGCAACGAGAUUUCAUCCAUUGAUCAAGUAGUGGGCACCCGCUCCUUGCGGUCGCUGAUGUCGCUUCACCUGACCAACAACCGGCUGAGUCAAGUGGCCUUGCACGUGCUCCAACACCUGAGUGACCACAAGAUGGAUGACCUGCAUCUGAGCGGCAAUCCCUGGCUCUGUACCUGCGACACCGCCUACUUUGCCACCUGGCUGCAGAAGAACAAGAAGGUGAAGGAUGUGGAGGAGAUCCGCUGCUCAGAUGGCAGUCUGGGGGCAUUGAUAGGCAGGACCAUCUACUCACUGCCCAAUUCGGACUUCUGCCCCCAGCCUACGGACUGGAAGCAGAGCCUGUUGGAUGCACUCAGCGUCCUCAUGGCAAUUGCCAUCAUCGCCAUCCUUGCGAAGCUGGGACGCGACUACUGGCGCCAGAAGCGCACAGGCAAGCUGCCCACCUUCUUCAGCUUUGUGUGAGCUAGGCCUAAAAGCUGCAUCGAGUUGCCACCGAAUAAGAUGCAACAAGAAACGUUGAAAAUCCUGAUGGAAGACUGAGUGCAUUGCUUCCGGUGGGAAGGACCACUGAAGCGAGGAAAGGCUGCCUGUGUUUUCAUGCCGUGUCGCCUUUCUGGCAUGAAUCUUCACGGCACGUAGCCUUCAUUCAAAGGUCUUCAUGACAUGACACUUUGUGGAAGUCUUCGGGGUAUGUAAAAUCUUCACAGAAUGAGAGAUGUGGAACUGGACACUGUUGGCAACAGUCAUCCUUUGGAAUAGUUUAAGUUCGAUUCAUUUGUAAUCACAAGCUUUGUGCAGUGAUUCACUUCCCGAGUGCAUGGGGUGUCAGAAAGCGUCUUGGCUUUUUGAUGGAAACUGUGCUUGGAAGUUUCAGAGAUUGGGAGGAAGAACAGGCACUCCACUUAAUGUUAGCUUAUAGCCAGGAAGCAGUCCUAAGGACAGUGCUGGGCAAACGUCUACAGUGCCAGACACACUAGCAGCAUUAGCUGCAUUACACUUCAGAACAUCAAGAACGUCAGUGUAUGGUUUCAAUGUAUGUGCAACAACAUGGAUUGCGUUUUUGGCGAGGGACAUAGAUUCUGCCAUCUGUUGCAAUUGCGUUGUGGGACACAAUUCAGCUGAUGCUCCACUUCUGGAUAGCGUCUGGCAGUGUUACGACAGAGCGGUGACUGAUUUGUUAUGUGCAGUGAUGUCGCACUGUCUUGUGCAUAUUUUUUCUGCUCACACGUGGUAAUGGCACAUUGAAAAACUCCCCUGCAAUCUUGCCAAAGUGUGCUUCAUUCUUUCUCGAUCACCAGAUGGCCGAGUGUUCUUGUGCACACAUUUUUAUGCCAUUGUGUCAGCAGUCAUGACAUUCUUUUGCAAGCUUUGUCAAGAGAUGUGGAUCCUUGGAAGGCACCUAAGGAGAUAUGUUUGUUUACAUGUGCAUGAAGCUGUGUUGUGGUUUAUCUUGCAGUAGUGUGGCCAGCAUUGAACAUUCACGGAGAUGACAUACUUAAACUCUACCUGCAUGAUAGCUUCAGUUCUAUUCACGCAUACAUCUGAUUUUUGAAGGCAGAUUCUUUCACGCUAUUCAUAUGGUGCAGUGCAUGUACAACUGUUUGAGCUCAUGGCAUUACUGUGCAUAAUUUUCACAGGUCAUAGUGCCACCACACUUAUGACCAUCAUCACGUAACCAUGAUGGUGGUAAGGUGAAGGGACAGACAAGCGCUUGGAACGUGAAGCGAGAUAUCCCUGCUGAUGGGAAGAUUGUUUGUCAUAGAAGCUAGAACGAGCUAUGUUUUUCUUAUUAAAUGUAUAUUUAUAUUUUUAUUUCUUGUCUAAAAGUCGCGAAAAAUGACCUUUGACACCCUACGUGGCAGCAACGUGAAAUGUAUAAGAGGCCUAUCAUGUGAUCUUCUAUGUAUUAGUGUAUGCUGUUCCUGGUCUUAUCAUUAGUAUUGGAAUGCAGUACACUUUUUUCUAUUUUAAGUUUUUUGCUCAUUUACAAUGUGCAGAUAGGCCUUCGUUUGUAGUAACUAGAAAAGUGGCACUUCCUUCACUUUCGUUUUCAAUGAGUUGGCUUGGCUCAUCUAUUGACAGAACGACGACGGGGUCCACCCAGCCAAGACGUAGGCAGGUAUGUGGGGAAAAACACGGUACAAGUAGAAGAAAGGUCUGUACAACAAUGUGAACUUGUUGUAGCAACUUCUUAUUUUCAAAAGUGGUUGAAAAGGUUAAAAUUUAGGUGGCUAACCAUAGUUACACUCACUCAUGUGAAAGCAGAAUGAUGGGUGGCUUUCACAAUUUAUGAGGCGGGCUAUCAACAUCACUCUCACUUCUCAGUGUUGCUGGAGGAGGGACUCUUGCUUUUUUAGAGGCAGCCCAGAUCCAAAAAUUCUGCUUACAAAACAUCUGUGCGCUUUUGGAAGUAACUGCUACAGGUGUAAACACUACCGAGGGUGAGCUUUGCGUUGCGCCAUAAAAACUAGGUCCUUAAAAAUUGGUUGUCAGCCCCUUUAAAGCCUUAAGAUAAGAAUGUGCACCAAACAGUUUGAGUGCAAGAUUUUUCUUUCAGAUAAAUGAUGCUCCAGUCAGCUUCACCACCGAGAUGCUAAAGCCACCAAGUGUUAAAAAAUAAGUAAAAAAAUCAAGCACAAGUUAAAAGGAAUUCAUCAGAGUUGAGCCAGCAAACUGCAUGGAUCAAAGCAGAAGAUAUGAAAGAAAAGAAAGGAAGACCUGUGGUCUUUAUUGAGCAGAUUAUUCAUGCAAUGCUUUCUCCUACUUGUAGGUACUCUGUGGAAUACAGGAACUUGUACUUUGGAUAAUAAUGAGUUAGCUAUUGGUAGUGUCGCAGCUUCUCAUACUAUGUUUAAUAAUAUUGCUGUCACUCUUAAUACUAAGCAUUAGAGUGUCAUAGUACAGCAGAACCUCGUUAAUUCAAAGUCCCCUGACCACAAAAACUCUUCCAAUGAACCGGGUUUUUGAAUGAUCAAAAACAUGAAGAAAGCAAAGUAAGCGCACGAUAGGUCACCACAUCAACACUGCAACUUUAUUUUGCCUUCGAAAUGUUCACUUGAAGUAUUCAUCGAUGCGUGACUGCUUGGCAUGGUAACUCGGAGAACUGUAGUCUUCUAUUUGGCUAACGAUGCACAGUUUUUCACUGUUGCUACCACUGCACCCUACAAAACGGUGCACAAUGUUCAUUGAGCCAACCACUGUAAAGGCAUAUUGAUGUAUUGGCAUAUAUUUUUCAGCGCCUUAACCCAGGGUAUCGCCAUUUCUGGAUGCCGCCGUAACAACACCUAUGUUGAGCAUCUAGGGCAAUGUCCCUUGAAAGAGUAUGCCGCUGCCUUUCAGUUACCCUAUGCAUUACACCGCAGACUCCUCGUCGCCAUCUUAACUGCUUCAAAAUUACUUGACGUAUUGCUGCUAUGCUACUCAAGUCACUCUUCCAACUCAUGUAUUUUUUUUUCUUUUGUGUUACUCGUGCACUGACCGCCUGACCGGCUCUUCUAAUGUCACAAAAAUAUGCCGCCACCGACACCCCUGAAUGCUUCCUAACCUCUCGCUUCCCCAACGCCCUCCCAUGCCCCCGUCUUUCUUUUUUCUUUCUUUCUUGUUCUUUCCCUCCUUUUUUUUUUGUCUUGGUGUCGCCCUGGCUUUUUUUUCUCUUUCUUUUCUUUUCUCCCCGCGUUCCCACUCUCCCACUCUUGUCCCCUCGUCUUGGGAACGAAGCUCACAGACGUUGGACGACAGCGCUCAUUACCUCUGAAGUCUCUCCCUUUAAAACCAGCCGCCAGCGACAACACCCGCAUGUGAUGUCACUGCACUAACCCUUUAAAACUAACGAAGAUAGGUCCUCAUGGCGAAAUGUUGGCCAGCCUUUUUGAGGCACCUUAUCCCUGUUUAGAAACUUUAUACCACAGUGUGCUAUUCCAUCUAUCAGCCCCUUUCUUGAUUUUGGUCAACAUAGUACUUGCAAUAAUUGCAAAAUGUAGCCCAGGUAUAGAAAAAUGUAGCAUUAAUAAUUUUGUAAAGUGGAAAAAAUUUUUUUUUUCUCUGCUAGCUGAAAAAAAAUAUUCUAACUCUUGCAAAAAUGAUUAGAUUUAAACACACUGGGUGAUAAUUUGUUCCACUCUUUCACGGUCCUGUAUAUCACUCUCCCGGUUUCUUGUACUAAGCUGUAUAAUGCGCUUGUACACAUUGCUGCCAUUGUUUUUACUACUAAGUCUUAUUGCACUCAUAGCUGUCACUGUUUCUGGUACUGAGCAUUACAGUGUGCUCGUAGUAGAACCUUGUUGAUGUGUUCUGGUUAUGUACAUUUUCCCAGUGCCAACUGCGAUCGUAUGAUACAUUUUGUGGCUGCUAGAUCCCAUGCAAACAAGAACAUGCGUGAGGCAUGCCGUUUGAGAACAGUGCAUAGCUGCCCGCCACGGCGGCUUCAUCACAAUACUAGCCCAGCCGUCUCAUGUGAAAACACCGGCACGCAGUCGGUUUUUCAUUGUGGUAGCAGAAGAUUUCCAGGGUCGUCGCAUGUGGCAUUCACUGGUAUCACCGCCAAUCCUAUUGCGGUAAGCAUCUUCGCCUAUCUGUUUAACAGCACGUGGUGCCAUUGGAAGCUUAGCGCAUGCUUUUAAUAGGUGAGGUAUGUAGCUUUUAGCCCAAAAUGGCCAUCCAGUAUGUAAACUGGAGAGUAAAAUUGAUUUGAUUUGAUUGAUAACUGAAAUGCGCCAGUUCCCUGCUGCAGACUGUGAUCGUGUACGUUUUCUGGCCGCUAGAUCCCAUGUGAACAUGAAAAGGCGCGAGGCGUGCGCGAUCGAGAGCAGUGUAUAGCUGCCGGCUUCACGGGAAAACGACAGCGUGCAUAGUUUCUUCUUCCGGUACCAGCAAAUCUCCACCCGGAUCGUCGCACGACACAUUCACAGCCAUCGCUGCUAAACCUCUUGCGAUAAGCAUCUUUACAUAUACAUUUCACAGCGCAUGCUGCGUAGUGCCAUUGGUAGCGUACUGUGCGCUUUUAGUAGGCGAUAAUCCAAGUGUGCCGCCAUUCCCUGGUGGGCAUCACGUUUUGCUUCAGCGGCAUCCAGCAUUGCCCACCAGCUCGAUUUGUUUCCGUUUCUCGUCGCCCCAUCACGCAAUAAAAAAACAAAAUGCGUCUCGGGCCGCCGGAGCAUCACCAGCUUGACGCACGUCGUUGUCUUGUGCCGCACUGAUCUGCGCGACACUUUGCAUUUCGUAGACGUCAACAAUAGUUGAGUUUUUCAAAUUUCUUUAGUUACUUCGGAUCAUACGUUUUCCUGGUUAGUACGUUUUUUCUCGUGUUUUCUUUUCCAAAACGUGUAAACGAGGUUCUACUGUAUAUCACUGUUGCAGUUUUCAGUGCAAAACAUAAUGCCUUAGUAGAUCUGCCACUAACUCUGGUGCUGAGCUUUAAAAUGCAUUAGUAUUGCCUUUACUGCUCCCAAUACGAAAUGUUACAAAAUGCUAGUACUAUUGGUUUCACUGUUUCUAGUACGAAGCAUUACAAUGCGCUAAAUGAUAUUCCUGUCACUGUUUCCGACACUAAGCAUUAUAAUGUGCUGGUAUCGCUGUGAUUGUCAGAAUCACAAGUUUGCAGUUUCGGCACUUCAUAGGCUGGUUGCAUAACAUCAAAUCAGUGCAUACCUGUUGGUGAAGCAGCAACCAAAGGGUUAGAGAGCAUAACAUGACAAUCAGCUUUGCAGCUAAUUGUGAGUGAAUAGAUAAGAUAGGAUGUGCUACUGUUUAGUUGCAGAAGGGCAGUGGGUGCUGUGGCUGAGUGAGGUAAUCAAGUGAGAUAUCUGUGGGUGCUGGUGUCGAUAAAUGCGACCACACGCCACCCAGGGCUUAGUGCACUGAAGGAAGGCUUUUGGCUCGUCAAGUUUUGACAGUUCUGCCAAGGUGUCGUCAGUGUUUUCACGCUUGUCCGUGGCCAAGUGAUACUUGGUCGUUCCAUAAUACCUGUGCAGUGGUUAUGUAGCUGUUUAAAUAAUCUGAUGUAAUUGAUGUGUACAGUGUUUGUAUGUUAAGAAUUUUACGCUUUCUUCAAUGUGCUGGCUUAUGUGUGUGUGCCCCAUGAAUGUAAUGUCAUGUUGGAUCAGAAAACCAGUAUGAGUUUUUCCUUGGCAACAGAGCUUUCUUUCUGAGGAACCAGUAUACAGAUUGCCUUGUACCCUGAUGCUACUUUUUGGUAUACGCCAAUUUUUUCUUUUUUUUAAAGCUUUGUUGUUUCCGUUUUGGUUGUUUCUGUCCACAAUAUUUAUCUAGUCUCUAAAGUUGGUAAUGAAAGUUUGUUUUGCAAAAGCUAUAUAGUUUUCCUUGUUUUUUUCUGCAAGAGAUUGGAUGCUCAAUGUUGCACAUAAGGCUGGCAUGGACCAGGAAGUCCUUACUUAAAUCACAUUGUUUGAUCUUCACAGGCAUUCAUCAAAGUAUCACAACACUUGGAAAGCAUAACUUGUUUAUCUUUCAUAUGUAUGAAUUUUUUUUUUUAAUUGAGAAAGGUAAUGCUUAAGAGUGGUGAGUGUGUGCUAAAUGUCAGCAGACAAUCUCCCUGCUUUUCUCCCAUUGGCCAUGUAAUGCUGUCAAUCUAGCAGAGGUAUCAAGCUGCUUAGUUUUAUGCUGUGUUCAGUGUGUGUAAGCCAACUAUGAUAUAUUAAGUGCACAUUUGUUCUACGAAAAUGUUCGCUGUUCUCGUGACAAUUGUCCUAUUGAUCUUGUCUACACGUCGCAUACCCCUAUAAUUACAGGAGCAUUGCAAAGUUUGUCUUACCAUCCGAUCACGUUUUUCUUUUUCUUUUAAAUCUGAAUACAGAGGCACUCAGAAUGGUAGUGAUCCUUUGUGAAGAAGUUUUUGAAGAGUCGCAUUUAAUUCUCGACUUGAGCUUCAUUCUAUUGGCUAGUUGUUUUUGUAGAAUUUAUUCCAUUGUUUUGCACACAGCCCACUCCUUGCAGUGGCAAUGCAUUGUUUGAUUGAUACCACAAGCUGAACUUCUGGCUGUCUUUAACUGUAAUGAAAAAGAAAAUGCUUUUGCCACUUAGUGUUAGUAUUCAGCAGUCCCAUAUGACGAUAUGCAGUUGUACAAGACUUUAAAUAGGAUCUAAUUUAAUUUUUUAUUUAUUUGUAAAAUACCUUACAAGGACCCUACAUGGGGCGUUGAAUAAGGAGGGCAUAGAGUCAAGUAAGCACAUACAAUCUAGUAACAAUAUGCUGGUGUAUGGGAUAAUUGGACAUGGACAUUAUCAGCAUUGUGAGUUUUCGUUUCCUAAGUUUCCAAUAGUUUGCACAUUUAAGUAAUGCGCAAGCAGAUUGGUGCCCAGUGGUGCAGUUUUAGUAUGAAAUCUGCUAAAUUGCAACAUAUAACAUGUUGAAGGAAGCUACAGAUUUUUUCCUCCAUGUUUGGAAAGAGCAGUCUGGCCUCACUUAUAAGCGUAAAUUAUCGUAAUGUUGGGAAAUUCGUAACAGUGUGUGUCAUUAAGUCCGGGGUUGCCAUAAUUCGUUUGCUUGUCUGCGUAGUAUCAGAAUUUGGCACAGAGCCAUUAUUUGCUAUUAAUCUUUUUUAUUUGCUUUCUUAUGUGUUCAUUUUAUACUCAACAUUCGAAACAAGGUUUUGUGUGUUUGUCUUUUUCAUCGUUGUACCAUCGAACUUCCGAAGUCUUGUUCUACUCGUAGCAUACUGAUUUUCGUGAGAAACUUUUAGAUUUGUUAUAUUCGAGUUCAUUGAAUGUCAAGGUAUGACUGUACAUAUACUUGCCGCUGUGGGAUCUUACGUUUUCCUGAAAGUCAUUUGGGAUGCAUUUGCUGCGCAGCAAAUGUAUCCUAAAUGUCUUUGAUAGGUUUGCAUUAUCAGUGGUCACUUGUGUAGUCCUUCCUGAGACACUUUUUGGCCACUGUCUGUUCAAUGUGUGUGUGUGCAAGCAGUACAAAAUCCUUGCUAGUCAAGAACAUUAGUUGUUUACUACUGUGGCACUUUAAACAACAUUUUGCUGCGUUGAAUGUAGUUUUUUUUUAGGAACCAUGGAUCACUAUGCAUUGUUUGGUAUGGUGGUGCCCAGCGAUGGAGAGAUGUGGCAGGUGCGUAGUAUGAGUUUUCAAGUGAAAUGGGCAUUGCAGUGUUGAAUAAACGGCAUUUGCAACAGUGUCCGAGCUUGGAAAAUUUGAAAUUUUUGUGCCCAGGAAAUCAUCUCGUCCGAACUGCUGUUGUUUCUUCAUUAGACUGCACGGCCAUGCAGAUUCCUAAUGUCGUUGCAUCAUCUUUGUGUGGCAGCAAAAGACGGCAGUGAGAAGUUGUGCAUUUUUGAUGCUACCCCUGUUAUCAUGUCUUCACUGGCAUUGGCUCAUUAUUAUGUUGUGAAAAGGAACUGUUAUCGUUGCUCAUUUUUAAGGUAAUGUUAAUUUUAUGUUGUUUUAUUUCUUCUAUGCCUUGAUUGAUGUUGAGGCUGGCUGGAGUAAAGGGAGAUGUGAUUCACUUGCAUGAGCACCUAAUUUUUGAAGUGUUCAUAAACAGCUCUGCUAUUGGCAAAAAAAGUAGGUCUUGUGAACAGUUUGCUCACGUACCACAGUACGCAACCAUUCACCUUCCAUUCCACUCGAGAAUAAAAAGUUGUUCAGGUACAAUUGCUCACCAAGACUUGAAAAAUAAUUUAUAUUCACAGAAAGCUGCUCAGUUUGCUUUGCCUGUAUUGCUGUUUUUCUUCUUUCUGUUUUUAGUACUUCCAUGUUCACACUGGUGUUUGAAAACGGGAUUCAUUUGUGAACAAUAUUAAAACUCAUUAGUGACUGCCAAAGUUGUCUCACAGCGGGAUUUGGUGUUACAGAAAGGUAAUAAAUUGAUGAGGCCAUGUGCAAAAUAUACAAAAAUGUUACAUUGCAGCUUAAGCGUAAGAUGGUAAUUUCCUUGUAUCGAAAUUAAAAUGACAUAUGUCAACUGGUGACACAUUAGUGCACAUCUUCGUGUACAUCUGCAUAUAAUGAUGGUAUUUUUGUAACUGCUUAGCUACACAGUGUGUCUUCCCAGUAAAUUUAAUUUUUGUUUAUCAUAGAGUGAAACAUUUAGGCUUUUCUGCUUUAUAAUGGGUGUGAAUGUGUAUUGCAGUUGCUCACAGCACUUCAACAAGUGAUGAUUUUUUCAAGUAGUAAGUGUUAAAAACAAGCUUUUAAUAUUUGUCUUUUCGCUGGAUGCAUUAUGACUGAGAUUUAAUUUUGGUCUAGUUUGAACAGUUGAGUUCAAGUUGAAUUUUAGUGUUGUUUCUUGCUUUAUGAGAAAAAAUAAAGAAUUCUUUUUGUCUUUGUAA